CCCUAAAGACCAGUUAGAUUCCAGUACCAUGAGCUCACUGGGAGAGAGAUGGGCAAGAGAGCAUCAGACAGAACAGAGAGGAAAACAUGAAUGUUUACUGACAAAUUUACAGGCUGACGGGAGUUUCACAUGUAAAACAUUUUUUUGAGUGGGCAGGGACACACACACACCCACACCCACACCCACACACUAAUAUAAACAGCAUUCUGUCAUAACACACCCUGUGAGGCUGGCGGACGCUCAGUUGAAGCUCUGAAGGUUUGUUUCUUUUUGUCAAUGAACUUGGCUCUGGUCCACGACAGACUACACAUUAAGACGUUCUGGGAGAAGAAGAUUAAUACUGAAUGUCAACAUGUUGAGAGCGAAGAGCAGAGAAAGAACAAGAGCGCACUGGAAAAGCUGAGGGCGGAGUGGCUGGUCCGCCUGGAAAACAGAACCAAACACCUGAAGAACCUUGACAAGUACGCCAAGAAGGUCAAGGUGGAGAAGUCUCCCGACCAGGCAGAAGUUCAAACAAACGGGGAUGAAGAAGAGAAACUGUGACUUCAUAAUAUUAAGAGCAAUAAAGUGACUUUUUUGGCAAAUAA